AUGGACCGCCUCGCGGCAGCGCGCCGCUCGCCAUUUCGUCGCGGCGGUUACGCCCACCCAGACACGGAGCGCGGGCCGGCCGCGCCCACUUGUUGCUGCUCGCCCUUCGGCUGGCAGGGGAGCCUCAAGACCCUCCCAGCCACCUGCAACGCCCUCGCCAGACGCUCUGCUGCCCAAAGGCCCAAAGCCCACAGCCAACCACAGGCUGCAAUAACGGAGAGCCGCAUUCUGUACGACAUUCCUUGCAAGGUGUGCCAGGACCACUCGUCGGGAAAACACUACGGGAUCUUCGCGUGUGAUGGGUGCGCCGGUUUCUUCAAGCGGUCUAUCCGGCGCGCGCGCCAGUACGUCUGCAAGGCGAAGGCGGAAGGUUCCUGCGUCGUGGAUAAGACGCGCCGCAACCAGUGCCGCGCCUGCCGACUCCACAAGUGUCUCCAGGCCGGCAUGAACAAGGACGCGGUGCAGCACGAGCGCGGGCCGCGCAACUCGACGCUGCGGCGCCAGCUGGCUCUCUACCUCAAGGAGCCGGCCCAGGGGCAGUGCUCGCCCCCGCCGCCCCCGCCUCCCCUGCUGCCGCCGACGUUCCCCCUGCGCUCUGUGGAGGCUGUCUGCGAGUCCGCGGCGCGUCUGCUCUUCAUGAACGUUCAGUGGGCCAAGAGCGUCACCGCCUUCACUGCGCUGCCCAUGAAUGACCAGCUGCUGCUGCUGGAGGAGAGCUGGCGAGACCUGUUCGUGGUGGGCGCGGCGCAGCUGAUGCUGCCUCUGGACGUGUCGCAGCUCGCGGCGCUGCUGGGCUCCAGCAGGUCCCUGGCGCUGCUGCACCAGCUCAGGCUCUUCCAGGAGGCUCUCCUCAGGUUCGCCCACAUGGCCGUCGACGCGCACGAGUACGCCUGCCUCAGGGCCAUCGUCCUCUUCAAGACAGUGCUGGAGACCCCGGGCCGGCGGCUGGAGGCUCCAGAGGCGGUGUGCGCGCAGCAGGAGGCGCAGCAGCGCGCGCUGGGCCGCUACACCGCCCUCGCCAGGCCUCAGCAGCCCUUCCGGCUGGGGAAGCUACUGCUGCUGCUACCCGCCGUCCGCCAGGUGGCGCCCGACACCAUCGAGGAGCUUUUCUUCCGCUCCACCAUCGGCAACAUCCCCAUCCACCGCAUCAUCUGCGACAUGUACCGCACCGGCGCCGGCGCCGACCCCGCCGUCCCACACACUCUGCCCGCAGCCUCUCCGGAGCUCUGA